AUGUUCUCCUCAAAGAAUAAGAGUCCCCAAGGUCCAAAUGGUCUUCAGCCAUCUUCCACAGGUCUUCCAAGUUCCCUCGCACAAUCGUCAGGUAAUAACAACACAAUGACCAAACCACCUGCCUUACCACUCGAUCAACUCAACUUACCUAUGCCCGAUUAUCUGGGCCGCACCAAAACCCAAGGUCAAGCUAAAAGUGUCAGUUGGAGUGAUAGGGCUACGAAUGGUAUGAGCUCUCAUUCACAAGGUCAGGGUCUAUCGAAUCAUUCUCAAGCCCAGGGACUAGGUGGUGGUGGUGGAGAGUAUCCCGAUGCGUGGGGAUGGGGAUACGAUAAGAAGAAACCUUCUUUGAUCAGUAGGUUGUUUGGAAAGAAGAUUGAAUGGGAUGAGAGUAUGUAUGGCUAUCCUGAUAAAGGCAUCAAGAAGGAGUAUAAGGUUUCGAGACCACUUCCAACCAUAUCUGAUCCCCCUACCGAAGAAAUGGCUCUACCAGGAACGAUGCCCAACCCGUAUAAGAUGCCAAGAUUCGUACCGAACUAUCCAGAAAACUUUGAUUACUUACCUCGUUCAUACCAGAAAAUGAUAUUCAAGGAGAAUCAGGAAAGAGAGAGAGAAUGGAAUAGGAAGUCAAAGGAGCAAGAGAAGUUGUAUAAGAUUAGUAUGAAAGCUUGGGAAAAAGGUGAGAAGGAAAGGAUGAAAUAUGAAAAGAAAUUGAUCAAGGAACAAGAGAAAGAAGCUUUAUGGCAAUUCCGACAUCCCACACAACCCGAUCCUGCCAAAAUGAAAUAUAUCAAACCCACUUAUCCCGUAAGUAAACCUCCUACAGCAACUGGUUCUACGCCUGGACAUCAUAAUGCUCCGGAGCUGGAUCGAAAUAAUCCAUAUAACUUCAUGCUUCUCCCCGCAACUGAGUUUGGAGUGAGGAGACCUUUUAAUCCUAUGAUUGGAGGGGAGGAGAAAUGGCCUAAUAUGAGUAGGACGAUGACUCAUGCGAUCCUCGAUAUGAAUAGGGAAGAACAGCUUCAUGCCUAUCACGCUUCGUUACUUCAUAGGUGGGUGCUAUAG